AUGCAAACAUCACCGAAGCGAGUUAUACGCCUGCCGGCGAAACUUCGUGAUUACGGGGAUGAGAAUGUACCGACCAGAAAAAAACGGUGCAACGCUCCUGCAUCUGCAACCUAUGGGAGAUUUCCGGAAUUCUCGUUGGAGGACGUGGCGCGGCAUACCAUGCCUCCUCAGAUUGCUGAUGACUUCCAGGAGGAUACUCACAUGCGUGGAUGUAAUGAAGUAGCCGUUCAAACGGAGGGUAUGAAAUGCUGCAGGUGUCAUGAAUCUGACAAAAGGGUCAUGCACACUUUGCACGCUGUGGUCGGUAUGUUUGAGCUUCUUACUUGCGACGAAUUAGCAGAUUCACUUAGACGCGUGGAGGAGACCCUUCACGUAUUGAAGGAGAGCCACGCGGCCAUGAGCCAGGCCAUGUGGACUGCAAAACCAAUGCAACCUAAUGAUUUAUCUCUACCUACCUCAACUAUUGAGGAAUUCAUGGAGUUAGAGAGUAAAUUGGUGGACCCAGACCUCCGUCGAGAACUGACUACUCGCAUGAACUCAACACCCGCCGGCACGGUAUCGGAGGCCAUUCGAUACAUGUUGGAUAGGGUUCUGAACAGAGAGGUCUUGAGGCAGCUUAACUUCGCGGGUGCAAACAACGCGAUACCGUUCAAGAAAACGCACACAUUCAGUGCGCUUCAAGAAGUUAUCGUUAACCGAUUUGGGGUCACGGCCAACGCCGUAGCGAACGGCGUUUGCAAAUGGUUACAGAUUACCCGGAGCAAUCUGCACCGGCGUACAUCUGCCGCAUCAAGCAGUCAGGAAUCGCAGCCUUUUGAUUUGAUAGAUUUAGACAAUCAGAGCAAUCAGGAAACACGGACAAACUUGUAA